CUAUUUUAUCGCAUUCGUAAUGUUCAUUAUUAUUCGAAGAUAUCGAUAAAUUGGUGUUAUACUAGCACAAUUAAGAUGAUACAUGUUCUGAAUGGCAAAUAUUCUACAUAUGUGCUAUUCUUUGCACGCGUAAUUGUUAUGUAUGUAGGUUAUAAAAAUGUGAAAAGAAAAAAGAAACGGAUUUUCUAUGUUUCCGUGAUAAUCGUGCAACGCUAUUUUUAGUCAGUCUCGGAACAUAAAAACAGGAUGUCAUAUCCAUCAUAUACAUCUUAUGUAUACAUUCAUGUGUCUGUCUGCGUUGCACCUUAAACUUUUCGCGCAUCGUUACGCUGAUUCUAGCAGAAGAGUCCCGUCAACUCGCUUUUGAAUCGACUCUGCGCGCGAGUUUUCUUUGUCGUGUGCGUACUGCUCUGCGCAAUAAACAAGCUGCGCUACUUUGAACAAGAGUGCGUUUUCCGACGCAUUUGUUGGACAAGAAAUGUCGAACGGAUUAACGGUGCUGCAUAAUGACAAAGACUCUAACGAAACAAACUGCAAUGUAUCCACAGUCGGUGCUAGCACUGCUGCAUCUCCUGCGGAAGGAUUGCAGGAGACUCACUUGACAGGGAUGGAGCAGCCAAAUAUCUCAAGAUCAAUCUUGAAGAGACCUGCCGAAUCAGAACCUGAAGGUACAACCAAUCCAAAGAAGCGUCACAAGAAUCCACAGCCCAAAAAUGCAGUGUGUGCCCUGAAUGAAUUGAAAACUGGUGCAGUAUACAAGGUAGUUGACCAAACUGGUCCUACACAUGCUCCAAUAUUUACGAUAGCAGUACAAAUAGAUGGACAAACUUACGAGGGCAAAGGACGUACCAAGAAAAUGGCAAAACAUGCUGCUGCUGAACUGGCUCUCAGAAACAUCAUUCAGUUUAGAAAUACACCAGAAGUUCAUCAAGCAAUUAACACUUGUCAACCUUCUAUUCCUCUUGAACCAGAUUUUACAAGCGAUGUUACGGAACGUGAUAAUCAUCUAGUAAAUGCUUUCAAAACUUUGACCCAAGAACCAAAGAGCACAAACAAAUUUUUAGAGAAAGGGCCUGUAGCGCUUAUUAAUGAAUUAUAUCCCGGUGUAGUGUAUAAUUGCGUAUCUGACAAUGGAGAAAGUUAUGCAAAAUUUACGAUAUCGAUCACAGUCGAUGGAGAAACAUUUGAGGGAACUGGACCAAGUAAAAAGUUAGCGAAAGCUGCAGCUAGUAAAGCAGCGCUAGCUAAAUUAAGGAACGUUCAUAGUUCUUCGUUCUGUAUACCUCUUCCGGUUCGUGUAUUGCCAAACUUUCCCAGUAGCGGACAUUGGCAAGAUCAAAUGACAUUACCUCAAAUGUUGGCUGAUAAAAUUGGCAAGAUGGUAAACCAAAAAUUUAGCGAAUUAAUUCAAUCGAAGCCGCAACAUGCUCGUCGUAAAGUUUUAGCCGGCAUUGUUCAAACUAAAGGAUCUGAUGCAGAAUUGAUAUGCGUAACAACUGGUACUAAAUGUGUUUCUGGGGAGCACCUUAGUGUUAGCGGUGGUGCUUUGAAUGAUUGCCAUGCAGAAGUAGUUGCAAGGAGAUGUUUGUGCGAAUAUUUGUAUAAACAAUUGGAGCUUCAUACAGAGGAGCGUGGUGCGGAAUCUAUCUUAGAACCGGCAAAAAAGGGUUUCAAACUAAGACAAGGAAUUCAAUUUCAUUUAUACAUAAACACUGCUCCUUGUGGAGAUGCCAGAAUUUUUUCACCUCACGAAGAAAAUGAGUCUGUCGACAAACAUCCAAAUCGAAGAGCAAGAGGUCAAUUGCGAACCAAAAUAGAAUCUGGGGAAGGUACGAUUCCUGUAAAGAGCUGCGAAGGUAUCCAAACAUGGGAUGGUGUACUUAUGGGCCAAAGACUGCUGACGAUGUCGUGUUCGGACAAAAUAGCUCGGUGGAACGUACUUGGUGUGCAAGGUGCACUUCUAAGCCACUUCAUCGAGCCAAUUUACUUCCACAGCAUCGUUCUUGGCAGUCUAUUGAACCCAAGCCAUAUGUAUAGAGCGGUCUGCGGACGUAUCGAAAACACAAUUCAAGGACUACCACCACCUUAUAGACUCAGUAAACCGCUAAUGAGUCUUAUCACAUCUUCCGAAGUUAGACAACCUGGAAAAGCACCUAAUUACAGCGUUAAUUGGACAAUUGGUCAACCAGAAGCUGAGGUAAUAAACUGUACCACUGGAAAAGACGAAUCAGGUAAACCCUCUAGAAUAUCCAAGCAGGGGCUCUUCAGAAGAUUCUACAAUUUACUAGGUAAACUUGAUACUAUAGACGACGCUGAUAAAAAUCAGUGCCGCCAUUACUUGGAUGCGAAAUCAUCCGUACAGAAUUACUCGCUUGCCAAGCAUCAAUUGAAGGAAGCUUUCGUAAAGGCACAUCUUGGGAGUUGGGUUAAAAAACCGAUCGAACAAGAUAUGUUUGAAGUCGAUAUCUGACUAAAUCAGGGUAAUAAUAAAAUCUCAGCAGAUGAUACAGUGUUUCGGUUGUCAAACUAUGUAGUUCCUACUGCAAACUAGACCGCUUGUUCAGCGUGUUAUGAUAUGGCAGAAUGUGGCAUCAGUAAAGCAUAAAUCAUAGGUUCUCACGCAUGUCUGGGACUUCGGGUUGUACGAUUUGUUCGUAUACAGAAUCGUGUUCAGAAUGUGAAGAAACACAAGCCCUUAGUGGCUUAUUCAGUCUUCGAGCCGUCGAAGGUUUUACGAUUCGAUAGUUGCUCAGUUUAGAUAUAGGGUUAUCAUAACUUUCGAUACUUCGAAUCUUAAUCUUAAUCGUUAGUAUGAUGUCAAUUUCGACAAUUUUUAUAGACUGUUAGAUGAGUGAAAAAAUUUUCGUUUCGCAACGCAAAUCAGGUUGAAAACAGUGAAAAGUUGCGUAGAUAUUCACAACUCGAUAAAUUUUCACGUUUUGACACAUAUCUAAAAAUUAGUUUAAUGAUUGGAAAUUCUUAUAGUUAUUCCAUUUAAAAAUGGGACAAAUAACAACCAACAGGUAGUUAUUUUAAAACAAUCGUGUAGGGUGAAGGAAAAAUCCAAAUUGAUAAAUAUCUCGGGAUUUUAUUCGUGCCUGAAGUAUUUACUAGGCUUUAGGAAUAACAGUGAUAUAACAUGCAUCAAGUUACAUCCCUAAAGGCUGUGACUACCGAGUAUAGGAUCUUCAUGCAAAUUAAGUACUCUGUUGGAAAGUUCUAACGAAAGAUCACAGGAAUCGAUUCCUUGUCGGCGUAUUCAAUUGGUUCGAGUUACAAAUAAUUAUGUUUUUUUAAUUAUCAGACUAAGUUACAUUUGGUUAAUGUAAAAAAUUAUUUUAUGACACUCGUCGACAAAGAAUCGGCCCUCGACAGUUCGAUGUUGUUAUUAUUGGUUUUCAUAGGGAACAAAUGGAAGAGGAAAUGUGUGAGUAAGAAUAAUCGACAUGAAAGUAUGGAUGAAUUAUAUGAGUCAGUAGAUGAAUGAAGAAAUAUACAUUAUAUUAUUAACAAUUUUAGAGAAUCCUAAGGUCAUUGCCUCACUGUGCCAGUAUUAUACACUUACUGCUAUUCUGCCGUAAUGACACACUGCCCGGUGUCGGUCCAGUUUUGCGUGAGAAACUCGACAAAUGUACAAACUAAUCUCAUUUCAAGUAUUACAUACUAGUAUUAGAAGCAGUUAUUACGUCAAAAGGACUAUAGUUGUGUAUAGUGCAAUAUCGGAUGUUGUUAGUUUGACUGUUAUCAAUUAGAUUGUUAUCAAGUAUUGUUUGUUAUGUACUUUCUUUUUUUUUCCUGUUGCAAUUUUCUUUUCUUUUUUAUUGAACAAUUAAAAAAAUGUGUACAUGUUUGUGCCAAUAAGAACUGGAAACCAAAUGCAAUAAUGCCAAUGAUAAGCUAAUUUAACCGAUGUUUGCUAUGUUUUCUAAAUUUUUCAUGAACAUUUAUUUAGUAUAAAAUAAUUCUUUGAGUUGAACUUUUCCAGUGUUAUCAAUGAUUAAUUCUUCUUCGUGCUUAAAGUUUCAAACAAACGAAUUCUACUAUAGCCGCCUUUUUCUGCUUGCUUCUUGCCAUUUGCAUAAUACAUAUAUUACACGUGGAUUCAAUCUUUACGAACACACAUUCAAUUUACAUAUUUACAAGUGUGUAUUGAACUUUUUGUGCAUAAUAACCAAACUAACUUAUACAGAUAAUCACUUGAUCUGGGUCGGCUAUGUUGUUCUCCGUAUUACGGAAUUAUUUUACGUGGCAUACCAAGAAAAAGAAAAGAAAAAAUACAGAGAGAAGAAGAGAGAGGAAACGCAGGUGUACACAAAAUUCGUAGUAUUAUAAAUGGCGAAGAGUUAUAAGAGAAAUAGAUCGUCGGAAAUGUGUGAUACAGGUGGCGAACGUGAAGUCCACGUGUUUAUCGUUCUUUCAUAUUACACGAAAAUCAGUAGUAAGUUUUAUGACGAACUAGUUUACAUUCAUAGGGUAGUGUUUUUAUUAAGUAGAGACUAAAAGAGUGCGCAUCGGUAUCUCUUGACUUUUCCGUAUUUUCCUCUUAUCUUUGCGAAUUGCAUCACGUAUACACUUUACAUAUAUACCUAUAUAUGUAUAAUAAUAUAUUAUUAUAUUACAUCACACACGCAUAUACACACACACACACACACACACACAAUCACAUACUGAUCGGUACCUAUAGAGAGAAAAAGAAAAAAGAAAAAAAAGACACCACUUAGUGGUAAAUGAUCAAAACUCGGAGUGAGCAUAAUAGUUGUUAAUUAAUUUUCUAGUCCUAUCUAGUCAAUCAUUGAUACGAUUUCCGAUUCUUCUCCGAAUCAUACUUGGGGGAACAUAGCUUAGUAUACCGAUGAUAAUACGAACUCGUAGUCGGCUAGAAUUUAAGCUUGACUAGUGCCUCUAGUUGUAACUUUGUCCAAAAUAAGUAAUAUCGAUAUAGGCAAAAGAAUAUCGAAUAAACCUUUAUUUACCAAGUA